AUGAACUUCUUGUCGCUCCUUUACACCUGUUUGGCCCUUUCCGCUACCCAAGCCGAGGCCCUUCCCGUUGCCGGGUUCUUCAACCUCGGCAAGAGAUACGACAACUCCUCCACCCCCCUGACCACUUACACCACUGUUACAGCUGGCUCGACAGUGACCAUCGUGGAACCUUGCACUCUUUGCUUGGCAGACACGUCCAGCAGCGCCUCCUCGUCUGCGUCCUCCUCCUCCUCCUCCCUCGCCGCUUCCUACAGCGUUGUCAGCGUGGCCACCAGCGCCAGCAGCUCCAGCAGCUCCAGCUCUGCUGCUCCAACUGACUACACCACUUACACCACUGUCAGCGAGGGCGUCACCAUCACCGUCACCGUGCCAUGCUCCAGCUCGAGCACGAGCGCUGCUGCUGCCACGACCUCUGCGUCCGCACUGGUCAGCGUCUCGUCCGAGCCAACUGAGGACGUUGUGACUUCCACCUACGAGUCCAACGGCAAGGAGAUCACCACCACUUCGACCAGAACGUCCACAGUCUUCGUGACGGUCACACAAGGCACCUCGUCCACCUCGAGCCCCGAGGCCUCUCCUUCGUCGGUCGCUGCCCAGGCAACCGCCGUCGUCGAGACCGCCGCCAGCAGCUCGCCGGCCUCCUCGUCGGAAACCUCUGCACCAGCAGCCUCGGCCACCCCUGCUACCGUGACUGUCACGGAAACGGUCACCGCGGGCUGCGGCGCCUCGUCAAGCGCUUCCUCGGACUUGACGUUGACCAGCACCGUGUACCUGACGUCCACUUUGACCAUGUCGGUCACUGCCACCAUCCCUAUCACCGACUCUGCCGGCUCUACCCUGACGGUGCUGACCACCGAGUCGUGCUUCGAGACGGCCGUCUCGACCUCCUACGUGACCUCCUACGUCACAGACUACAUCACCUCGAGCGCCUCCGCGACUUCCUCGAGCUCGAGCUACUCUGCUCCCGCCGUUUACUCCAACACCACCACCUCGUCUGCGUACUCGUCGUAUGUCCCAUACUACCGGCUGAGCAGCAGCACGUACGCCAACGCGUCGGACUACGUCUCGACUGCCUCCGACGAGGUCGCUCUGGAGAAACGUGGAUUCUGGAACUUGUUUAUGUAG